CCGCGGGCUCCGCGGCGCGCUACUCCGUUGCCAUGGCAGCAGCCUGGGCGCGCCGCUAAGGGUUUCGAGGGAUCCUAGGAGCCACAGGCUCUCCGGGGGGGAAGUUCUGUGAGCCCGCCAGACUCAGAGCUGAGGCUGCGACGCCGGAGACAGGGAUGGGAGGGCCGCUUGCGGCCAGCCCUGUACCUGAACCAGGAAGCCAAGAGCCAGAAAGCCAGGCAUCCGCAUGAGCCCCAGACCUCAGAGCUUAGUCCAAGAGGUGGACAUAGUCGGUCACUCCAGCUUCAUGGGCAAACAUCUGUGAGAGGUAGAAGAUUCAUUCCUGUCUCCAUAUAGCAAGGGGGCCUGGGACACACAAGUUCUCUGGAGGCAGGGUAGCCACGGAGCUGGCCCCAGGAGUUGUGGGGAUGGCACACCUGCUAGGCAGCCAGGCCUGCAUGGACAGCCUGCGCAAGGACCUCACUGACCUUCAGGGCACCAUUGUGGAUGUGUUCUCCCGUGCUGGGCCCGUGCGCUUCCCAUCCUGGAAGUUCCCUGACCGUGUGGCCUGUGAUCUUGACAUGGUGGCCCUUCUGGAGCACUAUGACCACGUGCCAGGUGACCCUGAAUUCACACAGUUGUCCCAUGCUGUGCUGCUGGAGCUGGUCAUUGACAGGCUCCUGCUGCUGCUUCAGAGCUGUGCCAGCUACUUGGAAAACCUCAGCUUGGAGCAGAUGAUGCCUCCUACCCGAGCUGCAGGGCCAUGUAUGUCUGUGGGACUCACAGUACGCCGCUUCUGGAGCAACCUGCUGAGGCUAGGCAUGCUCUACCAGCAGGCAGUCCCCCAGAAAAGAGCAAACCAAGGGGAGAUUCCCAUCUCCAAGCCCACGGCUAAGGGUGAACCAGCCAGGAGCCCCGAAUGCAUGACUGCCAAGUUCAUCAAGCCUCCUUCCCCAGUGCCAGGCUUGCCCCUGCUCUGCCCAGGGCUGCAGAGCAUCCCCGUCAGAGUCUCCGUGCGAAGCCCUGCUGGGACCUCCGAGAAGACCAAGAGUGUCUACUCCCAGACCAUCGAGACAGCCUUGGUGCCCUGUGAUGCUUGCACCAGUGUCCAGGGCAGCUUGUGGGAGGUGGGCAAGGUAGUCAUCAGCCUGUGUCAGAGCCAAAAUUUGCCUUCGUCCUUGGGCCAGUUCCAGAAGUUGGUGCAGGACAGCAUGGGGCUCAAACCACUGCCAGCUGCCACAAUGGGCCACUGGGCAGCAGAACAGAGUAAAGAUCUGACUCGUCUCAAUAAGCAUGUGGGGGCCCUCACUCAACUUGUCGGGCCCCUCAGGGCCCAGCUGGAAGAGGCUGAGGGGCAGAAGGAUGGACUAAGGAAGCAAGUGGGCAAGCUGGAGCAGGCUCUGCGGCAGGAGAAAGGAGAGCGGCAGCGGAAGGCAGAGGAGGCUGAGAGGAGCCUGGCCAAGUGCGAGCAUGACAGGCAACAGCUGCUCACAGAAACGUGUGACCUAAAGGCAAGGGUGGCCACUCUGGAAGGAGACCUGAAGCAACAGCAGAAGUCCAUGCAGGCCAUAGUGGCGAAGGCCCAGCAGCUGGAGGAGGAAGGUGAGCGGAGGGCAGCAGCUGAGAGGCAAGUGCAGCAGCUGGAGGAGCAAGUGCAGCUGCUGGCAGGGCGGCUGGAUGGGGCUGGGCAGCAGAUCCGCUGGGCCAGCACAGAGCUGGACAAGGAGAAGGCUCGAGUCGACAGCAUGGUCCGUCAUCAGGAGUCCCUGCAGGCCAAGCAGAGGACUUUGCUCCAGCAGCUGGACAGUCUGGACCAAGAGCGCGAAGAGCUGCGGGGAAGUCUGGAUGAGGCUGAGGUCCUGCGGGCUGAAUUGGAAGAAAAGUUGCAGAGCCUACAGAAUGACAGGGAACAGGGACAGUGCCAGCUACAGGCCCAGCAGGAACUGCUGCAGAGCCUACAGCAGGAGAAACAGGACCUGGAGCAGGUAACGACAGACCUACAGUUGACCAUCUCACAGCUGCGACGGGAGCUAGAGGGGCUGAAGGAGCGGGAGCGACUGCUGGUGACCUUCCCCGACCUGCACCAGCACACGGAGGCCCAGAUCCAAAGCUCUGGCAAUGUCACCUAUGACAUGGAGAAGCAAGUGCAAGCCAAUGAUAUCCGUAUCCAGGUCCUCCAGGAAGAGAACAGGCGACUCCAGUCAAUGCUGACCAAAAUCCGAGAGGUGGCCCAACAGGGAGGCCUCAAAAUGAUCCCGCAGGGUCAGCUCUGGUCCCCUCCCUACAAGGACACCCAGGGAGAGGUAUCCCCAGCCCAGGCACAGAGUACAUCUCCAGGGCCCAUGGGCAGACGGCAGUCUCCUGGCGGCAGGACAAGCAGUACAGGCAGGGCCCAUCCAGGGGGGCCCCGAGCAUCCCCUUCUCGGCAGCCCUGCAGCUGGCCCAGCAAGUCCUCUUUGGAGGACAGAACCUACUCAGCCACCUGCACCCAAAACCCCAUUCGGGCUUUGGCCAGACUCAGGAGGAAACUCUCACCGAACCGAGGUCAGGCUGGCUCUAUAUACCAGCCCCAGGAGCGGCCCACAUAACCUGAAGCCAGGGGUAGGACUGGAGGGCAGGUGGUUAGCAACCCCCCAUGGAAUAAAAGCCCCGGCCAUCUGCCCACGGUGAUCUUGGCCUCAGCGUGGCUGAGCUGGGGGAACAGACCUUCCCUCCUUGUUGGACAAAGGCCUCUGUGACCCUACCAGGCAGGUCACUGGCCAAUAGAAGCUUGCCAUUGA